UAGACAAAGCUCAGAUAAAACAAGUGCUGUUUGCAAGCUAUACCAUCCACCAUCAAUGGUCAACUGAGUCACUAUCCACUGAACCCCAGUGAAGGAUGCAUCUCAGUCAUGGAGCCCACUUGGUGAUCAGGCUACUUUUUCUCUGCUCUGCUGUGGAGCAUGGAUUCUCACAAUUAUGUUACAACGACCCUAAUUAUCGCUGUCUUGAGAACAGUGUAACGGAUCGUGAUGUACCUAACCCUAGUACAGAGUGUUGUACUAGAGGGAGACUGUCCUAUACUCGGUUAGGAUCGGACGUAUGUGAGGUAUGCUCAGGGAAUGCUAUUUGCUACUCGGGUGGCAACCCGACUUGUAGUGGUUCGCUCAUAGGCACUGGUAUUGGCUCCAUCCACGACUGUUGUCUCAUAAACCCUAAUGGAGGAAACUACUUUCCGAGUUCUGGAGUUUGCACUGCAUGCAGCUUAUUUCAAGCUCAGUGUUUUGCUGACAAUAGUUGUAACGAAGUUAUUACCGAGUUGAGUGGCACACCCACUAACUCGUUUAUUAGCAACUGCUGCGAAGGACCCGGCUCCUCCUACAAUUUCCGAGGACAAUGCUACCCAUGUCUUGUGCUUGGUUGGUUUCAACAGUCUCUAAUAGGAGAAGAGUCGAGUCAGAACUACUCUGUUUCUCUGGGUUACAUCAAGGGAAGUGGACCGGAUUUCAAUGCUAUGAUUAUGGCCAAUGGAGUUGCAGUUAAAGAUCAAGACUUUUCUCUUGGUUCCGACAUAGUGACACUAUCCCCCAGUGGUCAGUCUUCUCUCUCUGUGUCCUUGCUUCAGGACAAUGUGGCACUAGAAGAACCAGUGGAGAAUGUCACCCUGACGAUUGUACCAUUGUCACCGAGUGAUGUUGCAUCUAACGCUGUAUUUAAGAACGAGCUAACUCUGUCAAUCAUCGAUACUGAUGAGUUGGAAAUUGGCUUCAGCGAAGACAGUUUUUUUGGAACUGAAACCGAGGGUAGUGUUACCAUGACGCUAACAAAAAGUGUCCGUAUUGCAAACCCUGUGACGAUCACAGUUGAAUCAUUCACCGUUGCCGGGGCAACUAUAGCAGGUCACGCUCUACCUCCCAGCUUACCGCCUGAUGACAAUCCUCUCUCUCCCAACAGAGCAAGAUUGAGCCCAGAGGACAGACGAGAUUUUAACAGUACUUCACUCUCUGUCAUCUUUCAACCUGACGAAAUAGGCGACGAAAUAUCAACAGUGUCUGUUUCAGUACCGGUAGUGGAUGACGUCAUUGAUGAGGCUACGGAGGUGUUUGUGUCAACCAUUAUAGACGUACAGGCCUCACGGAGGGAGGUGGUCAAUACUACUCGCAUCUCUACCCUUGGCAAUAUCCGAGACGAUGAUGAUAUCAGGAUUGGCUUCCAGAGUGAGACGUACGUGUUCACUGAGCCAUCUUCUCUGAUGCAAGUAGAUGUGCUUCUUCAGAAAGAAAAUGGAGCCAUAACUGAACAAACUUAUCGUAUACUAGUGAAUAUCUCCGACAGUGUACAACUCGAGUCAGCUACUCAGGGUGACGAUUAUAGUGUCGCUUCAAACCCCACGAUCUUGGAAAUGGGACCGGAACAAGAGACAGUUUCGUUCCCGUUCAGCCUGCUCGCCAACGGCUUACCUGAAGUGACAGAGGGAUUUUCAGCCAUGUCCUCCCCUGAGGGAUCGUUGCAGUACUCCCCUCCCCUCACACUGUUCGCCACUGCCAGAGUGUCCAUCCAGGAUGAUGACCCACUGAUUAUUGGCUUCGAGAGCGCAUACGAGGUGGAAGAGAAUGUGGGAGUGUUCAACGUGUGUGUGAGAGCGCUGAACGUACUCGAUACGGAGCCCCUCCCAUUCUUCGUUCCAAUUCUGCUGUCUACGGAGUCUGGAACAGCUGGUGAGAGUGACUAUGUGCCACUUGAUUCUGUUCCUCUCACUCUGGAUAGUAACAACAGACGCAGCUGUGUUGAAGUGAAUAUCAUUGAAGAGGAUGUUUUUGAACAGAACGAGGUCUUUUCUCUUGUCCUUUCGCUGGACGAAUCGAGACCUUUCGACCCAAUGCCUGUAGACAUCAUAUUUUCACCUGCUCCAGUCACGAUCCUCGCAAAUGACGAUAUGUGUCGUGUCCUGGCCCUGCUGCUAAACGGAACCAUCACAUACUUUCCCGAACCAGCUGACCCGUUUACAGAAGUGGGUACUGUGGCAACGCACAGCUGUGAUGAAGGUUUUGGCCUAGAAGGAACGGUGACACGAACGUGCCAGAGUGGAACAGCUUACGAUGGGAGCGCACCAACCUGUGAACCCCUGUGCCCCGACCUGGAGCCUGUGGCAAAUGGAAGGAUCAGUUACACUCCAGAUGAUGAUGGCUUGUUCAGUAAUGUGGGUACCUUGGCAACGUACAGCUGUAACGUGGGGUUUGCUUUGAUGGGAUCAGAUAGUAGGGAGUGUUUGGAGGGAGGAGUCUGGAGUGGAGCCACACCCACCUGUGAAGCUCUUUGUCCCGACCUGGAGCCCGUAACCAAUGGAAUUGUCACUUACUCUGUUGACAUGGUUGCUCCAUUCAGAGAUGUGGGUACCGUGGCAACGUACAGCUGUGAAGAAGGAUUUGGUCUCAUUGGAUUAGAGAGCAGAGAAUGUUUGGAGGGCGGAGUCUGGAGUGGGGAAACACCCACCUGUGAAGACAUUAACGAAUGCUUGAUUGACAAUGGCGGUUGUGAACAUGCGUGUACCAACACAAUCGGCAGCUUCUUUUGUUCCUGUAGAGGAGGAUUUGUGCUAGACAGUAAUGGAUUCAACUGUACAGACAUCGAUGAGUGCUUGACAAACAAUGGAGGAUGUGAUCAACUAUGUACCAACACUGAGGGCAGCUUCUUCUGUUCAUGCUUAGAUGGAUUCGAACUGGACAGUGAUGGAUUUAGCUGCUUAGACAUUAACGAAUGCUUGACUGACAAUGGCGGAUGUGAACAGAUCUGUACCAAUACUGAGGGCAGCUUUUCUUGCUUCUGUGACAGUGGGUACAACCUGGACAGCAAUAGACUCAACUGCACAGACAUUAAUGAAUGCUUGAUUCAAAAUGGCGGAUGUGAACAUACGUGUACCAAUACUGAGGGCAGCUUUUCUUGCUCCUGUUACACUGGGUUCAUCCUGGACAGCAAUGGAUUCGACUGCACAGACAUUAAUGAGUGCUUGACUGACAAUGGCGGAUGUGACCAAAUGUGUACCAAUACUGAGGGCAGUUUCUUUUGCUCAUGUGACACUGGGUACAGCCUGGACAGCAAUAGACUCAACUGCUCAGACAUUAAUGAGUGCUUGACUGACAAUGGCGGAUGUGAACAGAUCUGUAACAAUACUGAGGGCAGCUUUUCUUGCUCCUGUGACAGUGGGUACAACCUGGACAGCAAUAGACUCAACUGCACAGACAUUAACGAAUGCUUGACUGACAAUGGCGGAUGUGAACAUACGUGUACCAACAUUGAGGGCAGCUUUUCUUGCUCCUGUAACACUGGGUUCAGCCUGGACAGCAAUGGAUUCGACUGCACAGACAUUAAUGAGUGCUUGACUGACAAUGGCGGAUGUGACCAAAUGUGUACCAAUACUGAGGGCAGUUUCUUUUGCUCAUGUGACACUGGGUACAGCCUGGACAGCAAUAGACUCAACUGCUCAGACAUUAAUGAGUGCUUGACUGACAAUGGCAAUUGUGAUCAAGUCUGUACCAACACUGAGGGCAGCUUCUCUUGCUCAUGCUUAGAUGGAUUUGAACUGGACAUUGAUGGAUUUAGCUGCUUAAGCCUCACAUGCCCCGAGCUGCCUCCUCUACCUAAUGGAAUGAUCGUGUACAGUAUGCUACCUCAUUUUAUUGGCUCAACGGCUACGUAUGCUUGUGUCUCUGGUUACGUACUGGUGGGCGGUGCUGUACGUGUUUGUCAAAACGAUAACACAUUCAAUGGAAGUGUCCCUACAUGCAGAAUAGUUGUAGUUAACAUGUCCCCUCGAGUCAACGACACUGCCACCGGAGAUCCCGUCAUGACAGUCCCCCUCUACGUUCGCAAUAGCACCGCCUUCCCACAACUCCAAGACAACCAACUCAUGUAUCUUUGCUUCGAAGUUCACGGAGAAAACGAUAGCUACUUCAACCUCGUGUCCGACUCAUGUGUGUCUGUGAACGGUCACUAUAUCCAACCCCAUCCUCAACUUGGCUAUAAUAUAAUUAAUGCAAUUUCAGUUGUAGCGCCCGAUUUGCUUCAGGCUUGUCACAACAUCAGUGUAUCAGCGAGUGACUGCAGUGCAAGCAUUGAUGGAACUAUCCUUGAUUCGAAUUACGCUAGAGAUGGGAUUUCCGUGAGAUUGUAUCGCAAUCGAGUGCGAAUUGGUGUACCUAAUUGUCAGAAUAUCGAUCUUGUGAUGUGGGUGUUUUGUGAUCAGGGUGUUUUCGUGGGUGACCCGGACUUCGGUGAACCGGAUAUCACGAUUACAGUGCCAAUGAUUCGUUUUGUGAUAGCUCGUGGUUUCAACAUCAGAGAGUCGGCUCACGGCCUUUUAGGACAAUUCUGGAACGUACCUAUCAGUCUAGAGACCUAUACCGGCUCGCUAACAGACGGAACGACACGAGACAAUACCUACAUCAUGACCAUUAAUUAUCCGGGGCAACCCCCCAGGCAAUUCUUAUCAAACCUGGACACACCCACUUGGGACAUAAAACGCAGCGGAUACUGUCUCUACUCAGGCAAUAGUCAGGGAGGUAGCGUUGCCGAGCUCGUAACCCCUAACGACCCUGUGAUUGAGGGAAUGUAUACCGACUAUGUAGUGGACGAAGCUUUCGGAUAUGAUUAUCUAUUCUCUCAUUUCGAUCAAAACGAGUGUAGAAGGUAACAUUUUUAAAUACUUACUGUUUGUAUUAUUUUAUUUGUGUAUAUGAAUAUAGGUACGUACACAAAUUCGUAUGCUUGAAAUUGACACACAAAAGAAGUACCUGUCCUCGUAAUGUUUUCACAGAUCCAUGAUAUGAUGAUUGCAUGUACAUGUACAUGUUUUGAUAUAAUUGUGAAUUCCGAUAA